UCCCGAUCCGUCGACAUGUUUACAACACCCCUUCGAAUCGUACUCACCGCCGUACUCAUCGCCGAGGCCAUCGGCGACGGAGACGAGCACCACGUCGAAAAAAGACAGGCCAACAUCAUCGCCAGGAUGGCCCACCUGCAAUCGUACCCUAGGUACUACAGCAACAUAGCUCCCAAGAGGGACGAGAAGAGCUCGCUGGACGAACUGGCAGAAAGACUCGAGGAAGAAGAGUUUGCCAAAAGAUCGGGAGAUAUCCGGGUGACUGGUGACCUGGAGGAAAAGAGAGACGAGCUCGAGGGCCUGGUUCACGACCUCGCAUCCGCCGAGGAAAUGCGUCGAACGAGGCUCGAAGCGCUGAGAGAAGAACUUUUCAGGGAACGCGAACUCGAGGAAGAAAUGCCUGAGGAAAAGCGCUCCUUCGCCGCCCUCGCGAGGGUCGACGCUCUUCCAAAACGGAUUUUAGACGACGACAACUUUUCAGAAGACGCCUCCGAUGAUAAACGAGGGAUUUCUUCUAUCGCGAGAAAUGGAUACUACCAAAAAAGGAUGGACGACGACCUCGAACAGUUAAUGAGCGAGGUUUAUGGAAUCGGCGAAAAGAGGAACGUGGCCUCUCUGGCGAGAGGGUUCUCGCUGCCACAGGGCAAGAGGAACAUCGCUUCCAUCGUCCGUGGAAAAAAAGAUUCGUUCGAAGAGACCAACGAGGACAAGCGAAACCUGCCGUCCAUCAUCAGAGACCGUACCGAACCCCUGGGGGAAGGAAAAAGGCACAUCGGUGCAUUCGUAGCGAACCACGGAAUCCCAUUCGUCAACGACAAGAGGAACGUCGGAGUCCUCGCCAAGAACCGAGACUAUCCAUAUGCUCUAAAAUUCGGAAAAAGGGACGUCGACGAAGAAAUCAACAAAAGACACGUUGCUACUUUACUGAGACAGGCAAGGCUUUCGGAUCACCCAACGGAAACUGACGAUAUCUCCCUCAAAGAAACAGCUCAGGACGACUUGAAAGAAGAGAUGUCGCAGAUCACAAAGGACGACAUGGAACACACCCGUACCAAGAGGAUGGCCCGCGAGGAACUGGAGAAGAGAUAUUUCGGAGUCCGCGUUGGAAAGAUACCCGGAGGUCGACUUCCGAAACCUUCCAGGUCGAGGAAUAGGCACAGCUCUAGGAGGAGAUACUAGACGUUCCCAAGCAAGAAAUAAGAAAACAACAAUUAGGAAGAAAAUCGAAAUAUUUAAUAUUCGAAAUAAUAACGAAAUUUACGAAAAUCAAAUUCAAUAUUGUGUUAAAAAAUUAUUAAGGUGAAAAUAUUGUAGACCAGUAAAUCCAAUUUCAUUUCUGUCCCAUCUUUCAUUGUAACCAGUGACAAUAACUGUUAAUAAGUAGUGAAUUAUUUAAUAGUUAAUUUAAACUCCUUCUGAACCGUUAUAUUAUGACGUUUUUUUAUUACAUUUAUUUGAUAUUAACAACUACAAAAAUUGUAUUAAGUAAAUAUGUUCAUAUAUGUUGAGUUUAAAUUAUGACCAAAAUAAAAAUCGACUGAUAUGUUUUUGAACAAUAUGUUUGCCGUGAAAGGCUUAAGUUCUUUUAAAUUUAUUUUCUUAAAAACCUACCACUUUCAAUUUAUUAUUGCUAAUAAAAUAAUAAACUCUAUUUUCACUCAGUUGUUUUUCAUGCAGUUUGUAUUCUCAUUUGAGACGAA